AUGACUUUGAAUAACGUUGCAAGGCCCGACCUUUGUGUUUCGUACAAGAAAAUUGCACCACCAAAAGGACUCUAUUCUGCUACACCAAGUAUAUCUGGUGUGGUUAACCAAUCUAUGCCAAUGGCCGCUAUUUUCUUGAGAAACAAGUUCAUCGCCUGGUUUUCCUUGAUUCAGAGUGUGCACUACUACCUGAACACCGACGAAGAUAUCGUCGCCUCCUACAAGGAAAAUAAGUCUCCAUCUCCAAUGGACCAGCCUCCUGCUAUCAAGCUAUUCAUGAGUUUAAUCGGGUUGUGCGUCUGUUACAUGAACUUAGUUUUCCCUCAACAGAUAGCCCAACCAUCGUCUAGCGCUUCUAAAGGUGAAACUAAAACCGUAAUUGAGACGAGUACCGAGGUUGAGACUGAAACAGCUAAAUAG